AUGCUACCUUACCUACGUGGCGGUGGAGGGGGCGGUGGUGGAGGCGGCGGGGGAGGUGGAGGUGGUGGGGGUGGUCGUGGGGGUGGAGGUGGUGGUGGGGGCGGUGGUGGUGCCGGGAGCAGUGGCGGUGGCGGCGGCGGUGGUGGCGGAGGGGGGAGUGGUGGUGGUGGCGGCGGUGGUGGGGGCUUGGGUGAGAUUAGUGGUGGCCAGGGGCAGCAGUAG